CAGUUCCUGGGAAAAGUAGAGUGUCGGCCGGAAAAUCAAGAAAAAUGGAGAGGGAGACUACAAAUAAUCAUCUUCAUGUUGUGAUGUUUCCAUUUUUUGCAUUUGGUCAUAUAAGCCCAUUUGUGCAGCUAUCCAACAAGCUAUCCCUUCAUGGAGUCAAGAUUUCCUUUUUCUCGGCCGCCGGAAAUAUCGGCCGGAUUAAGUCUAUGUUGAAUUCCGAUAAUACUCAGAUAGUCCCUCUCACGCUCCCCGCCGUGGAGGGCCUUCCUCCGGGGGCUCAGAGCACCGCCGACUUGCCGGCGGCAGCGGCGGAGCUACUCCCGGUGGCUCUCAACCUCAUGCAGCCUCAAAUCAAGGCGCUUCUCGUUAAACUCAAACCCCAUUUUGUGAUCUUUGAUUUCGCCCAGGAUUGGCUUCCGCCGCUCGCGGCGGAGCUGGGGAUUAAAACUAUAUUUUAUUCCGUCUUUGUUGCAUUAGCUACCGCCUUCGCCACCGUCCCCGCUAGGCUUCCCGGCGGAGAAAAAUCCCCCACCGUGGAAGAAAUGAAGAAACUGAAGUGGGAUUUUUCCCAACAGAAACCGCCGCCGGGUUUUCCGACGACGACGUCCGUUGCGUCCUUAAGAACCUUCGAAGCUCGAGAUUUUCUGUACAUCUUCAAGACGCCCCAUGACGGCGGCGGCGCCGUGUACGACCGCGUUCUCGCCGGCCUAAAAGGCUGCUCCGCCAUUCUAGCAAAGACCUGUUACGAAAUGGAAGCGCCGUAUAUAGAUUACGUGAAAUCCCAGUUCAAGAAGCCUUUUCUACUCGCCGGUCCCGUGGUGCCGGAGCCGGUCUCCGGCGAGCUAGACCAGAAAUGGGCUGAUUGGCUAAGCCAGUUUGAACCCAGCACUGUAAUAUACUGUUCUUUUGGGAGCGAAACAUUCUUGAAAGACGAUGAGAUUAAAGAACUGGCCCUUGGAUUGGAACUCACCUGCCUUCCAUUUUUUCUGGUGUUGAAUUUUCCGGCGAAUGUCGACGUGGCCUCCGAGCUGAACCGGGCCCUACCCGCGGGGUUCACGGAGAGGGUGAAGGGAAGAGGGAUUAUCCAUUCAGGGUGGGUGCAGCAGCAGCAGAUCCUAGCUCACAGCAGCGUAGGAUGCUAUGUCUGCCAUGCAGGGUUCAGCUCAGUGAUUGAAGGUAUUGUGAAUGAGUGUCAGCUAGUUAUUCUGCCGCUAAAAGGCGACCAGUUCAUGAAUGCUAAGUUGUUGGCCGGCGACAUGAAAAUCGGCGUGGAGGUAAAUAGAAGAGAUGAAGAUGGGUAUUUCUGGAAAGAGGAUAUUCAGAAAGCUAUGCAGACAAUCACGGGGGAAGAAGGAGCAUCAACAAGGGCAAAUCAGGCGAAGUGGAAAGAGUUUUUGGUUGAUAAAGAGAUUCAAAGCAAAUUCAUCAAGGAUUUGGUUAAGGUCAUGAGGGAUAUGGCUACCAUGAAUUAAAUGAAACAAUGUUGGCUGUGGUUUGAUUUAUGGUAGAUUGAAUAAA